AUGAAGCUGUCGAGAAGCCACAUUCGCACCCUCACCGUUCUUGAUCUACCAUGCGAGAUUUUGUUCAUGAUUCUGGGGCAUUUUCGGGACUCUGAAGAUUCCGGAGAGAAUGCGGAUGAGGGCCGACUGCAGCGGCAGACUAUGCUUAGUGCGAGGUUGGCGUGUCGGGUUUCGGGUGCUGUGGGUAGCCCCGGCAUGGGAGACCCGGGACUCGCAAAUGGUCUCGCAAUCGCAGAUCCAGAUCGUCUUAUAAUUUUUGACUUGACACAGGGACCCCAGCCCGCCGCAGUAAUGCUUUUCGUCGGCCUCAAGGGAGGUCUCCUCGUCCUCAAGAAUUUGGAUCUUCAGAGGAUUGGCGAGGAUGCAGGUGAUGAGGAUGGGAAGGAGGAAGAAUGA